AUGACAGCUUUGCAGCAUGAUGGCUUGGAGCUCUCGCUGCAUUCGGCCGAAUUGGGGGAGUCUUCUGAGCAGGGCGACCUGGGGAAGCUGCUAACGCUGAGCCUUAUCGACCAGCAUCGAAGUUUCGGCCGUAGGCUGGCCAUCGUGGCAGGCGUCGCUGAAGGCCACCGAGUUCAGGUAGUUUUCCAAGAAUCCGACGAGCGUUGUCGGGCAGUUGACUUGAAGGUGCUGGCGGAGAAGCUUCCACGCACCCGCGCACUGGCCAUGGCCAAGCAGGAUUUCUCGCUGACUUGCAGCAUUGCUUGCCAGGACGUGAGACAUGCCGUUUUUGCCAGCUUCAUUGCUGCAGAACUCUUGCAAUCAACGGAGGGCUCCGCGAACCCCGGCUACAUCCUUGAGGUGGCCGGAGGAAAAGGAGCUCUUGCUUUCGCUUUGCACUCACGUGGCAUCGCAGACGUGGUAGUAGUCGACCCCAGGCAAACUUCUGAGAGCCUGCCCACGGUUGAAAUGUCCGACCUCCUUCCAGAGGGUGAGGAGGAUAUCCACUCGGAAACUCCCGUGCGACAUGUCAGGGCAUACUUUGAUGAUUCAUCUCGGGACUUGGUCAGCAAGGCCCGCGCCGUGGUGGCGAUGCACCCGGACGAGGCCACGGAUGCGGUGGUGGACUUGGCCCUUCUGGCCCGCUGCCCUUUCGCCGUGGUGCCCUGCUGCGUUUUCCCAACACUCUUCAGCGACCGACGCCUCAUGGAUGGCAGCGGAGUUGCCGGAUACACAGGACUUUUGCGCUUCCUACGGGAAAAGGAUGCUCGGAUGAAAGCAGCACGGCUGCCAUUUGCAGGUCGGAACAUCGUUCUUUACAUGGGUGCCGCAGAUUUCAGCCGUGAAGAGCAGGCUGAGCCCGGGCCUUUGCGUGCACCGCUUUGGGCACCAAAGCGUCAGCGUGUCCGUGUCCCAUGA